AUCUUGUGUUUACUCAACAUUUACAGACGAAUUUUGUAUUGAGGCAUCACGACAGUUGAAUUUGUUUGAACGGUUGACAUUUCUCUCGUUUUUUUUUUAUUACUAUUGUUUUUUUUCUUCAAAUUUCAUCCCAUGGAUUCUCCAGUAGAAGAAGUGCUUCUUCGAUAUGAAGAUCCGGGAGAAUUCCUUCUAACCGAAUUACAAGAUAUUUACGACAAUUCCGUCAUGAAUUUUUGUGAUGUUGAAUUGUCAUGCAAAGACAGUCUGAUCGUUAAGACGCAUUCUUCCUUGUUAGCCAUAGUUUCACCUUACUUAAAACUAGUGCUUACAGAGACUUGGGAUCCAUUUCAUGGUGCUUCAAUAAUUCUGCCAGAUUUCAAUGGAAAGGAUAUACAGAAUCUUGUAAGGUUUUUAUAUACCGGUAAGACAUCACUGAAUGAAAAGGAAUUCGAAGUUUUUCAGCAACUGGUCUACGAAUUUCAAAUCAGUACAGAUGAAAAUACAGCAAUAAUCCUGGAAGAAAUUGCAAAGGGUUGCACUGACCACGAAUCUCAGAAACCAGAUGAGGAUAGUAAUAUAAAGGACUCACUUUCAAGACAACUAACAGAAGCAUCACCAACAGAUUUACCAGAUAAUGUGCCUGUUAUUGAUAAAAAUAUGUAUUCCUGCAAUGCUGCUGAUGGUUCAUUCCAUCAUCCAGCUCAGCAACAGAGGCAGAACCAUAAAACAGGGGAAAUUCUGGCAGAGAAAACUCAGGAAUCUUUGGAUGGCAACCUAAUCACAGAAGUUGAACUUUUGCUGGAAGAUGACUCAAUUUUCAAAAAGAAGACUGUAGUUUCAUGUGAACUCUGCUCUUCUGUAUUUUCAAGCCAAUCCAAACUUAAUGAUCACAUGUUGAAGCACACAGGAGAAAGACCUUUCAAAUGUCCACUUUGUUCAAAAUCAUAUCCAGUUAAAGCAACAUUAACAGCCCAUCUGAGAUUGCAUGCUGAUGAUAAACCUCACCAAUGUGAAAGAUGUGGAAAGGCAUUCCUUAUACGAAGUCUACUUGAACAACACCUCAGAACCCAUACAGAUGAACGCCCAUUUGCUUGUGACGUUUGUGGCAAGGCUUUUAGAAAUCAAUCAAAUCUUAUUGGUCAUAAGAAGACGCAUACCGGAGAUCGACCUCAUGCAUGUAAUGUGUGCCGUAAAACUUUCAAUCGUAAGCAUGAUCUCGAUGCCCAUCAACGUAUUCAUACAGGAGAUAAGCCUUUCCCAUGUAGUCAGUGUACAAAAUCUUUUAGAUUCCGUUCCGCCCUCCGAGUUCAUCUCAAGGGGGUUCAUGGUAUAAAAAGUAACUCGUCAUAGCGUUCACAAAGCUCUUGAAUUCAUCCUUUAAAAAGUACAGUUUUAUGUAAUGGUGGUACCAAGUUUUUUCGCCUUGAUCUUUUAACGACUGGAAUUGGAAAAAAAAAAACAGCAAAAACGUUGCCACCAAAUUAAAGUCAUAAUACUUACAGUACAGUUAUACAGUACUCAUCUAGCUUCAAAAAUUGUAUGUAUAUCAAAGAAGCGUCCUUAACCAGAAAAUAUAAACACGUCGGAUUGAUCAAGAAUGUUAAAAAAAUUUAUCGUUGCCGUGAAAAUUCAAAAUUGUGCAACAAAUCUUUGCUUUCACUUUUGUUUGAAUUCAGAAGAAAAGCAUACUUUCAGCAUAUUACGAAGUGCGUCCCACAAUAACAUUUACAGAUGACAUGUCUUUUUUAAAUUUUCUUACGUGGAUAUUUUUUGUUUAAUCCGACCUAUUACCAGCUUACCUCUAUGUGAGAGAAGACGAGAUUUUUAAAUAGACCAAUUUAAUUUCAUGAUUUAUUUCCAAAAAUAAACUAUUUUUCAAGUUU